AUGGUUCGACUUACGCCGGAAGUUAUUGAAGCCGCUUCGCAAUAUCUUAAUCCUAUCGGUCAAUAUGAAUUAUGUUUACGAGAUUUGAAGAUUCCAGUUGUGGAGAAUUUGGGUGCAACUUUGAAUCAAUUCGAUACAAUUGAUUUUACUAAUAAUGAUAUACGUAAACUGGACGGAUUUCCAUUUCUACCGAAAAUCAAAACACUCUAUUUUGCCAACAAUCGCAUAGCACGUAUUGCUGAAAAUCUCCAAGAGUACAUACCGAAUUUGGAUACAUUGAUGCUUCUUAAUAACACAUUGCAAGAACUAACCGAUAUUGAUCCUUUAGCAACAAUUCCAAAAUUAACUCAUGUUAGCUUUGCUCGAAAUCCAAUCGCUAUGUUGAAAGAUUACCGUCUCUAUGUGAUUCACAAAUUACCUAAUUUACGGACACUUGAUUUUAAUCGAAUAACGCAAAAGGAGCGUGAAGCUGCUCGUAAACUUUAUAAAUCGAAAUCGGCUGAAAAAGCGAAAAAGAAAGAAAAAGGAGCUAAUACAUUUGUACCUGGUGGAGAAUUAGCUAAACAACAACAACAACAACAAGCUCCCCGAAUGACGAAGAAAGAUGCUGAUGCUAUUAAAAAAGCGAUUAUGGAGGCAAAAUCGAUCGAAGAAGUUGAAAGAUUAAAAGCCAUGUUGCAAGCUGGUCAAAUGCCGAAUUCCAACGAACAAAAGCAACAUCAGAAUGGUCAUAAAGUAAAUACAGAAUCUAUGGAACAAGAACAACAUUCUGGAAAUAACACAAUGGAAAUGUGA